CCCGCUGCGGCUGGAGCCUCCGCCCCGCGCGUUCGCGCUCCGCGCCGCCGCCGCACCUGCCACCAUGUCGCCGCCGCCGGGUCAUGUCUGACUCGCUCUGGACCGCGCUUUCCAAUUUCUCGAUGCCCUCCUUCCCCGGCGGCAGUAUGUUCCGCCGCACCAAGAGCUGCCGCACCAGCAACCGAAAAAGCCUCAUCCUGACCAGCACUUCGCCCACCCUGCCGCGACCCCAUUCCCCGCUGCCGGGCCACCUGGGUAGCAGUCCCCUGGACAGCCCUCGAAACUUCUCCCCCAACACCCCGGCCCACUUCUCCUUUGCCUCUUCCCGAAGGGCCGAUGGACGCCGCUGGUCGCUGGCUUCUCUGCCCUCCUCUGGCUAUGGCACCAACACUCCCAGCUCCACCGUCUCGUCCUCCUGCUCGUCCCAGGAGCGCCUGCACCAGCUGCCCUACCAGCCCACCCUGGACGAGCUGCACUUCCUGUCCAAGCACUUCGGCAGCACCGAGAGCAUCACGGAUGAAGAUGGGGGGCGCCGCUCCCCCGCCGUGCGGCCGCGCUCCAGGAGCCUCAGCCCCGGGCGCUCGCCCUCCUCCUACGACAACGAGAUCGUGAUGAUGAACCACGUGUACAAGGAGCGGUUCCCCAAGGCCACGGCGCAGAUGGAGGAGAAGCUUCAUGAUUUCGCCCGCGCCUACGAGCCUGACAGCGUGCUGCCGCUGGCUGAUGGCGUGCUCAGCUUCAUCCACCACCAGAUCAUCGAGCUGGCCCGCGACUGUCUCACCAAGUCCCGCGAUGGUCUCAUCACCACCGUCUACUUCUACGAGCUGCAGGAAAACCUGGAAAAGCUUCUGCAGGAUGCUUAUGAGCGCUCCGAGAGCUUGGAGGUGGCCUUUGUUACGCAGCUCGUCAAGAAGCUGCUGAUUAUCAUCUCUCGGCCAGCGAGGCUGUUGGAGUGCCUGGAAUUCAACCCCGAGGAAUUUUACCACCUGCUGGAGGCCGCCGAAGGCCAUGCCAAGGAAGGCCACCUGGUGAAGACAGACAUUCCCCGCUACAUCAUCCGCCAGCUCGGCCUCGCCCGAGACCCCUUCCCAGAUGUGACACAUCUGGAAGAACAAGACAGUGGUGGCUCCAACACGCCAGAGCAGGAUGACCUGUUAGAGGGCCACAGCAGCAGCCGCAAGGCCAAGAAACCUCCAGGAGAGACGGACUUCGACACCAUCAAGCUCAUCAGCAACGGCGCCUACGGCGCCGUCUACCUGGUGCGGCACCGCGAGACCCGCCAGCGCUUCGCCAUGAAGAAGAUCAACAAGCAGAACCUGAUCCUGCGGAACCAAAUCCAGCAGGCCUUCGUGGAGCGCGACAUCCUCACCUUCGCCGAGAACCCCUUCGUGGUCAGCAUGUUCUGCUCCUUCGAGACGCGCCGCCACCUCUGCAUGGUCAUGGAAUAUGUGGAAGGUGGCGACUGCGCCACGCUGCUGAAGAACAUCGGGGCGCUGCCGGUAGAGAUGGCGCGCUUGUACUUCGCCGAGACAGUGCUGGCACUCGAGUACCUACACAACUACGGCAUCGUGCACCGGGACCUGAAGCCUGACAACCUCCUCAUCACUUCCAUGGGCCACGUGAAGCUCACGGACUUUGGGCUCUCCAAGAUGGGGCUGAUGAGCCUCACCACCAACCUCUACGAGGGCCACAUCGAAAAGGACGCGCGGGAGUUCCUGGACAAGCAGGUGUGCGGCACCCCGGAGUACAUCGCACCCGAGGUGAUCCUGCGCCAGGGCUACGGGAAACCGGUGGACUGGUGGGCGAUGGGCAUCAUUCUGUACGAGUUCCUGGUGGGCUGCGUGCCCUUCUUCGGGGACACGCCCGAGGAGCUCUUCGGCCAGGUGAUCAGUGAUGACAUCCUGUGGCCAGAGGGGGAUGAGGCACUGCCCUCCGACGCGCAGCUUCUGAUUUCCAGCCUCCUGCAGACGAAUCCCUUGGUCCGGCUGGGAGCAGGUGGAGCCUUCGAGGUCAAGCAGCACAGUUUCUUCCGGGACCUGGACUGGACCGGGCUGCUGAGGCAGAAGGCAGAGUUUAUUCCCCACUUGGAGUCCGAAGAUGACACCAGCUACUUUGACACCCGCUCAGACAGGUACCACCACGUGAACUCCUACGACGAGGACGACACCACGGAGGAGGAGCCCGUGGAGAUCCGCCAGUUCUCCUCCUGCUCCCCGCGCUUCAGCAAGGUGUACAGUAGCAUGGAGCAGCUGUCGCAGCACGAGCCCAAGACCCCCGGGACGAGCGCGGGAGCCGGCAAGCGGGAGCCGGGCGCCAAGGGCCCAGAGGACAAGGUGGCCGGCAAGCGGGAGGGCCUGGGCGGCCUGACCCUGCGCGAGAAGACCUGGAGAGGGGGCUCCCCCGAGAUCAAGCGCUUCUCGGCAUCCGAAGCCAGCUUCCUGGAGGGGGAGGCCAGCCCGCCACUGGGUGCGCGCCGCCGCUUCUCCGCGCUGCUGGAGCCCAGCCGCUUCAGCGCCCCCCAAGAGGACGAGGAUGAGGCCCGGCUACGCAGGCCCCCGCGGCCCAGCUCCGAUCCCCCAGGCUCGCUGGAUGCUCGGGCGCCCAAAGACGCGGCUCAAGGGGACGGCACCCCCAGCUCCAGCGCUGGGGACCUCGAGGCCACUGACCGCCCUGGCGACCUCUGCCCGCCAUCAAAGGAUGCAGACCAGUCGGGACCAAGGGCUACCAACGACCUGGUUCUGCGGCGGGCGCGGCACCAGCAGCUGUCGGGCGACCCGGUGGGAGAGAAGCGACCUUCCCGGACCGGAGGCAAAGUCAUCAAGUCCGCCUCGGCCACAGCUCUGUCCGUCAUGAUUCCAGCAGUGGAUCCCCAUGGAAGCUCGCCCCUGGCCAGCCCCAUGUCCCCUCGCUCUCUCUCCUCGAACCCGUCCUCGCGAGACUCUUCACCCAGCCGGGACUACUCGCCCGCGGUCAGUGGGCUCCGCUCCCCCAUCACCAUUCAGCGCUCAGGCAAGAAGUACGGCUUCACCCUGCGUGCCAUUCGCGUCUACAUGGGAGACUCCGAUGUCUACAGUGUCCACCAUAUUGUCUGGCACGUGGAAGAAGGGGGUCCAGCCCAGGAGGCGGGACUGUGUGCCGGGGACCUGAUCACCCAUGUGAAUGGGGAGCCCGUGCACGGCAUGGUGCACCCUGAGGUGGUGGAGCUGAUCCUGAAGAGUGGCAACAAGGUGGCGGUGACCACGACGCCCUUUGAGAACACGUCCAUCCGCAUUGGCCCCGCGCGGCGCAGCAGCUACAAGGCCAAAAUGGCUCGGAGGAAUAAGCGGCCCUCAGCUAAGGAGGGCCAAGAGAGCAAGAAACGCAGCUCCCUGUUCCGCAAGAUCACCAAGCAGUCGAACCUGCUGCACACCAGCCGCUCGCUGUCGUCGCUCAACAGGUCGCUGUCGUCCAGCGACAGCCUGCCGGGCUCGCCCACGCACGGGCUGCCGGCGCGAUCGCCCACCCACAGCUACCGCUCCACGCCCGACUCUGCCUACCUGGGCGCCUCGUCCCAGAGCAGCUCGCCCGCCUCCAGCACGCCCAACUCGCCCGCCUCGUCGGCCUCGCACCACAUCCGACCCAGCACGCUGCACGGCCUGUCGCCCAAGCUGCACCGCCAGUACCGCUCGGCGCGCUGCAAGUCGGCGGGCAACAUCCCGCUGUCGCCGCUGGCCCACACGCCGUCGCCCACGCAGGCCUCGCCGCCGCCCCUGCCGGGCCACACGGUGGGCAGCUCGCACACCACGCAGAGCUUCCCGGCCAAGCUGCACUCGUCGCCGCCCGUGGUGCGCCCGCGCCCCAAGAGCGCCGAGCCGCCCCGCUCGCCGCUGCUCAAGCGCGUGCAGUCGGCCGAGAAGCUGGGCGGCUCCCUGGGCGCCGACAAGAAGGGCGCCCUGCGCAAGCACAGCCUGGAGGUGGGCCACCCCGACUUCCGCAAGGACUUCCACGGCGAGCUGGCCUUGCACAGCCUGGCCGAGUCGGACGGCGAGACGCCCCCGGUCGAGGGCCCCGGCGCCCCUCGGCAGGUGGCCAUGCGCCGCCUGGGCCGCCAGGAAUCGCCCCUGAGCCUGGGCUCAGACCCGCUGCUGCCCGAGAACGGCCCCCGGCCUCCCCCAGGCUGCAAAGAGGAGGCCCCCGGGGCCGCGGAGGCCUGCACCCCGCCGCGCGCCAGCACCCCCGGGGGCCGGACCCUGGAUCGGGACCCCAGUUGCACGCGGCACCAGAGCGUGCAGACGGAGGACGGGCCCGCGGGGCCGGCCCGGGCCGUGGCGAAGGCCGCCCUGAGCCCCGUGCAGGAGCACGAGACGGGCCGGCGCAGCAGCUCCGGCGAGGCGGCACCGCCGCCGCCCCCGGUGCCCAUCGUGGUGGAGCCCGCCAGGCCCGGGCCCAAGACCAAGGCCCCGCCGCCGCCGGCCGCAGACUCCCAGCGCGCCCAGGCGCCCGUCGCGCCCGUCGCCCCCGCACCCGAGGUCACGCGGGGCCGCGAGCGCUGGGUGCUGGAGGUGGUGGAGGAGCGGACCACGCUGAGCGGGGCUCGCUCCAAGCCUGCCUCCCCCAAGCUCUCCCCGGACCCCCAGGCGCCCUCCGCGACCCCCGCCAAGAAUAUGCCCGGUGGUGGUGGCGGGUCCCCUGCCCCGCCGGCUGUCCCCGCCGUCCAGGUCCAGGUCCAGGCCAGCAAGCCCGAGGCCGGUUUGACCUCCUCCCGCUGUCUGGCUGAAGCGCCGCCCCCAGCGGGGAUGACCAAGAAAGGGGCGCCCUGCCCCACGCCCCCGGGCCCCUAGCCUUGCGGGCUCUGUGCUGUACAGCCCCCGCCCCGUAUACAUAUGUACACAUAUAAAUAAAUUGCUCCGUGAGCUUCGGGGGCACCCCUGCUCCCCCGCCCAGCCCA